GAUGGCGCCACCAGAAGCCAAGGCCAGAAGCCUCUCCAUAAAUAAACACGCAGCUAUGCUAUCCCUCCUCACAACAACUCCAGGAGCUAGCAGAUCAGGAGCUGCGCUUACAACUUAGUCUAGUUGCUAGCGGCCGGGCUUGCGAAUGGCGAUGGAGGUGGAGUCGGCCAAGUGCGAGUGCUGCGAGCUGCGGGAGGAGUGCACCCGGGGCUACAUCGUGGGCGUGAAGGCGGCAUUCGGCGGGCGGUGGCUCUGCGGGCUGUGCUCGGAGGCCGUGAGGGAGGAAGGGAGGAGGAAGGCGGGGUCGACAAUGGAGGAGGCCAUCCAGGACCACAUCAACUUCUGCAAGCAGGACCACAUCGCCCACGGCCUGCGCCAGAUGCUGCUCCGCCGGCAGCGGCAGCGCCGCUCCAAGUGAGACGAGCUAAUCAUGUAUGUAAUGUGGACAUGGGGUUUAAUAAUCUUCAGCUAGAUUGUUGCUACUCGACUUCUAGUUGCCGCGCAUUGCAUUGCAUUGCAGGUUUAAAUUGGUACUAGAUGCUUAACUGUUUGGAGUCUUGGGUGUGGGAGGUGUUUUGGCUGAAAUAAUAAACCCAAAGAACAUGAGACCUACAAAUAACAGCUUUAUAUGUUUUUUUUU